AAAUUCCGCUGCUCAGUCAGUUUUCAGAGGACCUUCGACACAGGCAGCCGAAAAUUCCAGUUUCGCUCGUUUAACCAGGCAGACAACAGACAAAAAAAAAAAAAAAAAAAAAAAAACAGAAAAAAGAAACUUUCUGAAGUGCGUGCUAACAUAAUUAACUGUAAAAAAAAAGCAAAACAAAUUUACAUAACUUACCAGUUGAAAGUGAAACUACAUUGAUGCAAAAGAAAAACCUAUUACAAAAUUUCUGCCAAGUGUAAUAAAAGUCAAGCGAAAGAAGGGGAAACAGCAGCGACGUUUGCAGCACACGACAAGAGAGUCAAUUGAAGCAAGCGAGUGGCAGCCAGAGAGGAAGCGAGAAGAGAAAUAGAGAGCGACCAGAAAGUAACAACACCCCACAAGCAAGCGCCCGCUUUGUGCACGUUUGCACGUUUCUGCCUUCUCAGUUUUUUUCGUCGGCAUCGGCUUCGUGUGGCAAUCGUAUUGUGUGUACACGACGACGCCAGGCUAAUCCUUUAGAGCGUACGCAGGCAAAAAGCACACAAAACACAACACAACAAAGAAGCGAAACAUGUUUUCGGGUCUAACAAAUCAAUUCACCUCGCUGGUGGGCGCAGUCAAGGGCGGCGCUGGCGAUGAGGAUGUGCCCGUGCCCACAGCCGAUGCUGCCGGUGGCGCUGCAACCACAUCUUCAGCCGAGGUGGUGGCCGCCUCAGCGGAACAAGAAGCUGCAGCCGCUGCCAGCGGCGAGCAGGGACUCGAAGGCGAUGAGGGUGCCAAAAGCAUACCCAAAUCAGCUUCCCUGGUAGAUUCAUUAGUCAGCGAAGCCACUGGCUGGCUAGGCAGCGCCAAGGGCUGGUUGGGCAAUGCUUCGAUACCAUCGAUGCCAGCCAUGGCAAUGCCAUCGAUGCCAUCGAUGCCAGCGAUGCCAUCAAUACCAUCGAUUCCCGGACUGCGUAAGAGCGGGGCUGCCGAUGGAUCUGAGGGCGGCGAAGGUGCUCCAGAUGUCAAUGCUGCGGGUGCUGUGAGUGCUGGCGAAGAUGACGACAAGUCGAGGUAUAUUAGUGCUACAGAAGGCGCUGAUUCGCAUCCAGCAUCGGGCGGCGGCACGCCCACUGGCGAUGAGGGUCAAAUUGGACAGGGUAAGGGCGAUGAAGUGAAAAUUACCACAAAAGUAACUCAACAGGCCAAACAUUUUGGAUCAUUCUUGUCAUCGGCCAUCAGCAAGGCUGGCAGCAAAAUCAAGGAAACAGUCAAGGAUAAUACCAUUCUCGACUCGUUCAAUAAGGAGCAGGAGGCAUUCAUUAAGGGUCAAGGCGGUGCUGGCAAUGGAGCCGCCCCCUGGAUUGGACAUGCCAAUGAGACAAAGAUAAAGGAGGAAAUUUUAGGAUUAUCACAGGAUCGUCGCAACUUUGUGCGCGCUCCGCCAGCCGGCGUGGACUUUGAGUUUAGUUAUGACAUCGCAUAUCCCACUGCCAUAGCCAUUAUGGCCGAGGAUAAGGCGCUCGAAACGAUGCGCUUUGAGCUGGUGCCCAAGAUCAUUACUGAGGAGAACUUCUGGCGAAAUUAUUUCUAUAGGGUCUCACUAAUCAUUCAGGCCGCCGAACUGGGCACUUUGGGCGCUGAUGGUGUGGGCCAGGCUUCCAGCGGUGAAGAUGCUAAACAAUUGCCAGAUAUAAAAGAUAUUGAUAAAAAUAUAAGCCCUGCGAACAGUGCGCCAAUCGCCGAUUCCCCAUCAGCUGUAGCAGCAGCAGCUCAAGCCGCUGUCUCUGACCAACACAAGCCUGUUGUAGAGAUUGCUGCCGCCGAAGAGCACAUGGCUAGCGACAAGAAAGCUUUGACCCAAAAAAUCUCUGAGUCCGAGUUCGUAUCGGAUGAAUUUCAAACAUCCAAUGAUACCGAUUUGGCCGAAAUCAAAGAUGGUAUGCGCAAGCUGGGCAUUGAUAGCAUGACCCAACAGGCGCUUGCCGCCAGCGAUGAGGAACAAUGGGAGAAGGACCUGGAAGCUGAGCUCAAGGACUACGAGGUGGUCGACGAGGGCGGCACUGGUGGUGGUCGUAGUAAACACAUGGUUGAACCGGAUCUGGAGGAUGAUGAGGAGACACCGACAAUAUCAAAUUUGCGCACACGAUCGACUAACAACGAUUGGGAGGAGUAUGCUGAUUUAAUUGAGGAUACCGAUGAUUUAAAGUAAUUAAGAGCUUAUAUCGUAGUUUCUUCUAAGUUGGCUCUAAGUUUAUAACUUAACGUUUCUUUCCAUUCCUUUCUACUCCUUGUUUCUCUUUUACAAACACAUUAUUUGAUUACUCUCAUUAUUGUUACGAUACCCGAAACCCAACCAAUCCAAUUGCCGCAUCAACAGAACUUUGAAGUGCCUAAAACGCACCAUGUUGGGCUAUCAAUGAGACGAGGCAUUCUUUACGCUCUUCUAGUGUUGGCGUAAAAUGUUCGUUAAUGUAAAUAGAGUUUGCCUCGAUUCCUAUUGGAAAAGUUGGUUGAGAUCUGCCCAUUGGCAGUGCCCAAAAGCAAAACCGUUUUAUUCAGUUACCUUUAAAGAUGAUAUAAGACACUAAACUCAAGUACAUUAUGUAAUGAUUCAAUCAAUCCGGUGCGUCGAAUUCUCCUUUUCGUUUUUUGGUCACAUGAGGUGACGAGUCGGGAACUUUCGCCAAUUGUUCAGCACACGAAAAAUGGCAAACAGUUAACUAUAAUUAAAUAUAAAUACAUACACUAAAUUUCAAGCUAAACAGAAAACUGUUUGAAAUAUAAUUGAAAGCAGCAGCGUAUAAAUCGUAUUUAAACAUAGAAAUGAAUGCAUAAAUUCAGUAUAAACAAAAA